AUUUUUAAUUACGAUAACGACCUUCCUUGUUGAUUUACAUUCUGUGGUUCCACUGAAGUAACCUUUCUGAAUCGCAAUGACCAAGCUUCACUAAAAAGCUAUGACGAUAACAACAACAACGACGACGUCGUCUCCAACGUUUCUCUGCUCGUUCCGUUCACCCAAUCCUUUACCCUCAAAAUCAUCUCUCUAUCGUCCCCAAUGUCGUACACCAAAACCGGUUCACUAUUCUCUCAGCUCCACCAAUUUUCUCUCUUCUGCAAAACCACUCUUUUCCUAUUCGAGAAGAACCCACUCAUGCUCCGCAGGUCGCCGCGAACCAACAGAGUUAGCCACAUCCUCUUCCAGCAAAGAGGAAGAUGACAAUCUCAAGAGAGUUGUUCAAAUUGGGUUGUGGGGUGCUGAGGUUGCCUAUGUUUUGUGGCUCUUCUUGCUUCCCUAUGCUCCUGGAGAUCCUGUAUGGGCGAUAAGUUCUGACACAAUCAACUCUCUUGUGGAUCUUUCUCUCAAUUUCUUUUUCAUCUUGCCUUUCACAAAUGUUGUUGGCAUUCGUUUCAUUGAUGCCCCGGUUCUUCAUCCUAUGUCCGAAGGACUAUUCAACUUCGUGAUUGGCUGGACAUUCAUGUUUGCCCCAUUGCUAUUCACAGAUCGAAAGAGAGACAGAUACAAGGGGUCUCUUGAUGUACUCUGGGGCCUGCAAAUGUUCCUCACAAAUACAUUUUUGAUCCCAUAUAUGGCAAUCCGAAUGAAUAAUGCUGAUGAUGACAGUGCUCCAAUCAAAAGUUCAAAAUUGAGCUCUGUUAUGACAAAUGGUGCUCCAUUUGUUGGACUGAUUGGCGGUGGUGUUUGUAUUGUAUCUAUAAUUUGGGCUCUUUUUGGUCGAACGGAUGCAAAUUUUGGUGGCGUAGUAGACAGAUGGGAGUACUUGGUUGGUUAUCUUGGAUCAGAAAGGCUAGCUUAUGCCUUCAUAUGGGAUAUAUGUCUUUACACGAUUUUCCAACCUUGGUUGAUUGGUGACAACCUACAGAAUGUUGAGCAAAAUAAGGUUGCAGUAGUGAAGUAUCUUAGAUAUGUACCAGUUGUUGGCUUAAUGGCCUAUCUUUUUUGCUUGGAGCGGAAAGAUGUAUAACUUUGCACUAAAUAGGGCUUUUCAGUCCGCAGUGAUCUAUUGACACUUUUUUGAGAAACCAAACAGUUUCAUGUAUGAUGUAUCAAAUCCUAGACGGGAUAGAUGUCUUAAUGAUUCGUCAUGAAUUCCCUGAUAGGGGUUUGUUUGAAUAAAUAAUUUAUUUUGUCCUAAUGAUUCGAAA